UGACCCAUGUUUGUAGUUUUCUGUUUAUAUGUGAGUUUCCAUCAUUACCAAAACAAGUGAACAAAUGCUCCCCUCCACUGUACUACUUCUCUGCAGUUUUUUGGUGCAAAUAAUUCAGGGCAGAGUGAGCCCUCUCUCUUCCUGCUCUCGGGUCAUUUGCAUGGCCCUGGCUGUAGUCCGACGUGCCGCGCCUCGGUUCCAUGUUCACAGCAGCUCCUGCGUGGAGGUUGUUUGCAGCUGGCCGUCGUUGGUUCCCUUCACGGCGAAAGAGAUUCUUCGAACAACACCGUUCAUUGUUUUCCCACUCAGCUACAAGGUCCACGAUGAGUAGGAAGCUGCUGGUGGAUGUGGACUGUGGGGUGGACGAUGCUCAGGCCAUCAUGUUGGCGCUGGCCGCCCCCAACGUGGAGCUCCUGGGUCUCACCUGUGUGCAUGGAAACACCUCAGUGGAGAAUGUGUGUAAGAACACGCUGCGAGUUCUGCAAGCCUGCAGUAGACUUGAGAUUCCAGUGUUUAAAGGUUGUGCCAAGCCGAUCCUUGGGAACUGCAUUGAAGCGGGACACUUCCAUGGGCUGGACGGACUGGGAGACGCUCCUGACCCCAACGCCCCCGGUCUGGACCUGCUUCAGAAGGAGGGGGCAGUGUCGGCCAUAAUCAGAAUUGUCAAUGAGAACCCAGGGGAGGUGUCUUUGGUUGCCACAGCACCGCUCACUAACCUGGCUCUGGCUGUGAAGAUGGAUCCGUCUCUACCGAACAAACUCAGAGGGCUCUACAUCAUGGGAGGAAACACUGAAUCUCGAGGAAACACUACAGUUUGCGGCGAGUUCAAUUUCGCUGCCGAUCCAGAAGCUGCGUACAUUGUGCUGAACGACUACCAGUGUCCCACCUACUUGGCCUGCUGGGAGUUUACCUGCUACAGCAAGCUAUCCUGGGAGUUUUGCGACACCUGGUUGGCGCAGGACACCGAUAAGGCUCGCUUCAUGGCGCGGAUCUUCCGGCACAGCAUCGAGGCGUCGCAAAGCGAGCGCCUCAAGAAGGAGAUGGUCGCCGGCGAGGGUUUCGUUUCGUGCGACUCGUACGCCAUGGCUGCCGCUGUCGACGAUUCGUUCAUCACAGAAAGCGACCAUUUUCCAGUCAGCGUAGAGCUGACGGGCACACACACCAGAGGCAUGAUGGUCGUAGACACCGUGGGCUUCCUGAAGAAGGCUCACAAGGUUUACAUCAUGAAGAAGGUGGAUAUGGAAAAGUUCGAGCAGAUGAUGACGGCUGCUUUGAAAUGACAGCUUUAAGCAAUAGUGAGCAGGGUUUCUGUGGAGUUUUUAUAACUUGUUGUACAAAUAACUACAAACUGCAACUGUGCCCUGUCUAGUACAAGAAAUUAAUUUCCAAUUUCAUAAUGUAAUCUAAAUGCUAUGGUAGGCCUUAAUUGUGUGGAAUAGCUUUUUACACCAACAAUUGUGCUCCAGACGCAUGUAGUUUGACAGCCUCUCAUUCAAAUUGUAAUAAACUUUAACAUUUUAUUAAUUUUUUGUGAUUACAUUGAGUUUUUCACUCAGAAAAAGCUGACCUCAAAGGUUUUUCAGCACUACAUGUUGCUGCUGACUUGGUCACCUUUACAUUGUUCAUAUGUGCUCCAGAGGAGCUUCUGAAGCUGCACUGACCCAUGAGCAGUGCUCAUGGAUGAUUCAUCAUCAUCUUAUUCAUAGUAUUAGCACUUGAUCUUCCAGUAUUCCCUCCAUCAAACGGCUGCAUCAGAUGGUUCCUCAAUAUCCUUUUCUUCCUCGGAAUCUCGACCGCG